AAGUUUCGGCAUCCACCGCAACUGUGUAUCUUCUCUGUGUAUUAUCUUCCAAAAGUCCUUCCACUCUCUUUAUUCACUCCUCACUCUCUCCCUUUCUCUUUAAACUCAUCUUUAUUUUUCUUUUUUUCUGGGAUUUUCUCGGAGAAAAAAAAUAAAAGAAAGAAGAAAAAAAUCUGAUAAGAGAGUUAGCCAGAGAUCGUUUUGAACAUUUUGGAAAGUUACUGAAUAUAGCAAGUCCUGCGGUGAGUAAGAGGACCGAGUGAGAGCUUUGCCUUUCCUACCUUAGCCAGCCGAUUCGGAACAUUUAUUCCAUUUUUCCCUUUCCGGUAAAGCAACUGCCACAGUCCCUCUUUUCUUUUCUUUUUUUCCACCUUUGAAACUUUCCUAGAAAAUUUUUCCUUUUUUUUUUUUUUUUUUUUUUCAAUCCCAACUCUUUGGUCUCAGAAAAACUCACUCUGAGCUGCUCUCCCUCACUCUUCCCCCAAAAAAAAACCCAAGCAGCCGCACGCCACAAAUCUCUGUGUGAGCUUUCCGUACUGUUUGUUCUCCAAGAAUCUCUAACCCAAAAAAGCUUUUGGGUUUGGGUAAUUUUAUCUCUGUUUUAACAAUUUAAGAUUUUCUCUCUGCCUCUUUCACGCUCGCACUCUUUUGUUCUUUUUUUCUCUUUCUCUAUUUCUUUCUGGCCGUAACUUUCCGUGAAAUUUCUCGUCCUUUAAUGAGCUUUUUGUGAGAGUAUUAAAAUCUAUUAAUGGUAGAUUUCUCUCCGUUUCAAGCUUCUCUUUAACGUGUCUCUGUAAUCAGCUUUCUUUUUUUUGUAUUUUAUUUUUUUCUUAUCUCCUUCUUUAUUCUCUCCUCGUGUCUAGUCUCAAAAGAAUCUCUCUCUCUCUCUCUUCCCUCCUCCUCCUUUUCUUUCACUCUAUUUCACGCUCGCUCUCUUCGCUUCCACUUACUCUUCCCACUUCGCUUUCAAUCAAAUGCUUUCGCUGAGAAUCUGAGAAGCUUCUCUUUCCCUCAAGAACAAUGAAUCGUGGUCCAAUCAAGUAUACCGAACAUCGAAACCACACUAAGCUCACUGCUUCUCUGCCUCCGUCGCCGACCACCACCACCAACAGAAACAUUCUCUUGCCAGAAAUGGUGAUGAGGCCUCCGAGAAUUGUCAGAAUAUCGGUCACAGACGGCGACGCCACCGACUCUUCCAGCGACGAUGAUGAACAAAGAGGCCGUGUGUUUGUUCGCCGUCAGAGAGUCAAGAAGUUCGUCAACGAGAUUGCUAUCGAGUCCUGCUCCUCGACAGAGAAUGAUGGAGCAGGAGGAGUUUGGAGGAGUAGUAGAUCGUCGAGGACUUGCCGGAAAAGGUUUGCUGGAGGAGGAAACACAAGGAUUACGGCGACCCACCAGAGUUUAAAAGCUCCGGCAAAGACGGCGGCGAAGAAGUUUCGCGGCGUGAGGCAGAGACCUUGGGGAAAAUGGGCGGCCGAGAUUAGAGACCCCCUGAGACGUGUGCGGGUGUGGUUGGGCACCUAUGACACCGCUGAGGAAGCUGCUAUGGUGUACGACAACGCGGCUAUCCAGCUGCGUGGACCCGACGCGCUCACCAACUUCGCUACUCCUCCCCAUCCUCCGGCUAAGCCUUCGCCGGAAAUUAAGGAGCCGGCUGUUAGUUCCGGUUACAAUUCCGGCGAUGAGUCUCACAACAACCUCUGUUCCCCUACCUCCGUUCUCCGAUGCCUUUCGCCUUCCAACGAGGAUUCAGAGUCGCAGAGUCCGAGAGCUUUUCCGAACUUCGCCGAAGUCCAAGACAUUCGAGAAGAUUCCUCUGUCUCCGAGAACUUUUCUGAGUUUUCCGAUUAUUCGAGCUUCGAGACGCUGAUUCCGAACGACAUUUUCGAUUUCCGAAGCUCCAUUCCCGAUUUCUUCGAGGAGACGAGAAGUCUCCGAGAUGGUGGCGUUUUGGGCGACGAUUUCACCGACAUUUUCGCUGCCGGUUCGGGUUUCGAUUUCGGGUUCGGUGGUUCUAAAACGUGGCCCGCGGACGAUUAUUUUCAAGAUAUCGGCGAUUUAUUUAGCUCGGAUCCUCUCGUCGCGCUUUAAGAAAGCAUAGUUCUCCGGCCGAAAAAAUGUCCCGAUUUUUGGCAUAGUUUGUAUCGGGUUGAAUGAAAUUCGGUUUUCUGUUUCGCCUUUUUUUUUUUUUUUUUUUAAAUUUUGGGUUGUAUUUGUUAUUUAUUAACUAUAUAUUAAUAUUACAUAUGAAUGAAAAAAAAAAAAUUCCGUCACAGUAACGGUGAUGGACGAGUUUGGCAA